AGACAGAUAAAAAAUCCUUGGGUAUAAAUUCCUCCCUGUAACUUCUAUAGUCGGCAAUGAAGCGCGUAUUCCAUUAAUCUCCUUUCCACCGUGAAAGCGACUGAGACAGAAUAUAUAUUUCAAAAGAUUUCUUGCAGACUCUAGAGACUAGAGCUAUAGAGUACAGAGAGGAAUUUGUCUCUGUAACUCCAGUCAUUGAUUUGGCUUAUCAUUAUUCCCAUUCUAUAAAACUCCUACGGUGUUCUCAUCAAUCUUGGCCCAUCGACUGUUUUCUUACCAUUUCUUGCGGGGAAGAGAGAGAGAGAGAGAGAGGCACGAGUGUUUCAGAGCGAGUGAGGGGAUAUAGAAGAAUGAACAAAGAAGAUGAUGAUGACCCAGAAAAGAGGGAGUCGAAAUCAGGGCCAAGAUCAUCUGGGCAGUACGCAUGGUUGACGAACUUUCACCGUGAUCUGAUGGCCGGAGCGGUGAUGGGAGGGAUGGUUCACACGAUUGUGGCCCCGAUAGAGCGAGCGAAGCUUCUCUUGCAAACCCAAGAGAGCAACCUUGCCAUUGUCGGAGGCGGUGGCCGUAGGAGAUUCAGUGGUAUGUGCGAUGUCAUCGUACGUACGGUCCGAGAGGAAGGCAUUCUCUCUCUUUGGAGAGGCAAUGGAAGCAGCGUUAUUCGUUAUUACCCUUCGGUCGCUCUCAAUUUCUCGCUCAAGGAUCUCUAUAGAAGCAUGCUAAGAAGUGGAAAGAUUGAAGAGGGUCAUUUUCUGUCUGGUGCAUCUGCCAAUUUCAUUGCAGGGGCUGCAGCUGGUUGUACAACACUGGUCUUGGUAUAUCCUCUUGAUAUUGCACACACACGUCUAGCUGCCGAUAUUGGGAAGACUGAAGUUCGUCAAUUUCGAGGCAUCUACCAUUUCUUGACUACCAUAUGCAAAAGAGAUGGGAUUCAAGGGAUGUAUAGGGGGCUUACUGCCUCUCUACAUGGGAUGGUUGUUCACCGUGGCCUUUAUUUUGGAGGCUUUGAUACGAUAAAAGAGAUGAUGUCAGAAGAAUCUAAGCCUGAGUUGCCAUUGUGGAAGCGAUGGGUGGUGGCUCAGGCAGUCACGACAUCUGCUGGGUUGUUGUCAUAUCCAUUGGAUACAGUGCGGAGGCGGAUGAUGAUGCAAUCUGGCUCGGAAAAUCCUGUGUAUCAAGGCACCCUAGACUGCUGGAGGAAGAUUUAUAGGACAGAAGGGAUGAUUUCAUUUUAUCGUGGGGCUGUUUCAAAUAUUUUUAGGAGUACUGGCGCAGCCGCCAUCUUGGUCCUGUAUGACGAGGUGAAGAAGUUCAUGAAUUGGGGUCGACUGUAGCCGGGAACCCUUUCGGUUGCUCAUUUGAUCUUGACAAGUUCAAAUUAGAUUACAAUGACGCAAUGCGAUCAGAAAACCUUGGGCAAUACAGUUACUGUAUCACCUUGACUAAUGACAUUCAUUUGCCACUUUGCUUUCUGAGGCUCUGCUUGGCAAUUUACACCUUGAUUUUUUGUUAGUGAUAAAAAGAAAUAAAGGAGCAGAAUUUUGGCAA